GUAUAUGAUAUAUACAAGUAUUAGAAUAUAACUGCAAUCACUAAGCAUGACUGCACGAGUGCUCAUGUAUCUCUGUAUUACUCUACUCUCUUGAAAAUCCUAGAUGUUUUGAGAUGUAGAGGAAGAAAAUUAACUGCCUUUUAUUUUCUUUAUCUUUAUGUACUGAUGGUAGACCACAAAGUGCAGAUAUGCAAGUUCUUCCUUCAACAACGAUGUCGAUAUGGUGCUAACUGCCGGUUAUCGCAUGGAACACUAAUGUCCCUGUCUUCCCUGAAGAAGUAUGUGUCACCUAGUUGGGGGCAGCCAUUUGUAGGAGCUAGCAUUUUGGCAGUUUCAGGGAAUGGAGCUAGCAUUUGGAGAGAGGCUGAACUUGAAUCUUGGGACGACAAACUCAAUAAAGGCCUGGUUGUAUUUCGUGACGAUGGAAGCUCAGAGACGGUGGGGGCAGAAGCAAUGUCAUUAUCAUUCGAGUGACAGAUCGAAGGAGACUGAUCAUAAGACUCUACGAAGGCUUGCUCAGAACCGUGAGGCAGCAAGGAAAAGCCGGUUGAGGAAAAAAGUCUAUACUCUGAGGAAUGCGCCUUAUGCGAGUGAGGAAAUUGAUGUGGUUCGUGAGCAAUGGGCUAAGUUUUUUACCAGAUCGCGCUUGAUCGAGUUGGUUUAGAUGUUAUAGAACAAUCUUUUAUAUUAAAAUGUAUGCGUACAAUGAAAUUGGAACAUAUAUUUAAAUGUACGUGCACUUUGGUUUCAUGUAUACAAAACAACAAUUAUUGUUUUUAUAUUUGUUA